UCCAGUGGCUACGUGCCCAAUGAUUGCACGCCGUGUUUUCCCGACUGAAGCAAACGACCUUGGUGCCGGGCGGCGCGACGCGGGGAGGAGCGCGUCUUGUUUUUUCAUUACAUCGGCCAGCCUUCGCCGCGUCAGCUGGCUGGCUCGGCCGCUCGGCCCGCAGAAGCACGGCGCGCGUGAUCGGAAGCAGCGCACUUUUCGGUCAGUUCAGCGGACGACGAUGAUACUUCCCAGGUGGUGGCGAUGAGCGGCACUACCAGGCUGCUUGCACUGUACUUCCUGUCGAGUGCCGUGCACGGCGUGCUUGCCAAGCCGCAGAACGCGGCAGGGGAAGGCCUGGUCGCGGCGCGGGAUGUCCUGUCCAUGCUCGAGACGACGACGCUGCAGAAUGUGGUGCUCCAAGACCGCACGUUCCGCGUCGGCAUCGGCCCGUUCAACGGCGACGCCUCUCUCUCCAACGGGACUCUGCGCAGCGUCUCCGGUGUGCGAGCCGUCAACCUGACGCCGGCCGAGGACUCCGGGCCUUCGGUGAUUCGCGCCGACCUGCCCCUGAGUGAGAUGGUCAUCCGCUACGACGCCAACGUUACGUUCAACUCGCGCAGCGAGCUGGCCGAAAUGUACGUCGACGUGGACUCCCUCGUGCUGGUCGUGGAGCUGAGCCACGAGGGCAAGGGCCAGCUGGAGCUGCAGUCUGUCGAGGCCCGUGACACGGCUGAGAUGCGCGUGAGGUUCAUCGGCCUCCGCGUGUUUCAGGCGCAGAGUGAUCUGCUCUCGUUACUCUUCCGCGGUGCGUUUAGCUUCGACAUCGAGGACGAAGUGGUGGCCAUCGUCGAGGACGUUCUGCGCGAGCUCGUCGACUCCCACAACAUCAACAACCUGUGAUACUCUUGCCGAAUCGGCAGCGAAAACUGCUUGGCAGACAAUGUCGUGUUCCUACCACUGUGCUGGUCAUGUGCCGAUCGUCGCUUUCGUGACUAUUAGGGCAAUCCUGUCUGGUCUCUUUCACACGAGACGCCUCGUUCUUAAAAGUGGAUAUAUAUCUGUCCGGAAAGCGUAGAUUUCCUUUACUUUGUAGUUUGUAUAUUCUGGUAAGCAUGCUAUCAGACUCUCUGUGGCAUCAAACAUUUGCUGCGGUUAACAAACGUGACUUGGCGUACCUGUCGUGUUGUGGGCAUAACGCGUAGGCGCAGUCGCUGUCGUACAGCUGGGAUUUACGCUUUUUUAGUCCGUAAGUCUUCCCCGUACAUGGUGUUGUGUAUUUCACGUAUGUGCAUCUAUAAAUAGGCUGAUAAGUCUCCUGUUGCAAUAACUUGUCUGAUUGAGACAGCACGCUACCGCAAUAAUCGCCAUUGCCACGGUAAUAGUAGCCUUAGUUCAAGAAACAACUAUUGAGCAAGGUUUUUUUUUUCUUUGUAAACGCAACAUUUUUCUUUGUCUAACAUGUCCAAAGCGUGUCUGCUACCUCUUCUAACGGUUGCCUGUGCGUCUUUGUUCUUUGAGCAAUGUAGUUUCACAUAGAAGAAUCUAUUUUUGGACGAGCUGGUACUAGUUGAACAUCUUGAUGGGGUAGCGCAAAAUACGAAGACACUAGGCAGGAAUGUACACAUGACAGCGUUGUCCUGUUCCUUCCUGCAUUACAUCUUUUGCGCUGCCCCAUCAAGAGUUUCUCAUAGGUCACUUACUAUGUGGGUGCCAGUUGUCGCUCGUGUUCUUAGUCUUUGUAUAUGUCACUGUGCCUGCCUUCUUUACACUGUACGAACGACUUGAUUCGCAGCUUGCGUAUGGCGCAGCGAAAAUUGGAGUUUGAGAUGAGUUAGCAACGCUUAUCGUUCCACUUCAGCCCCUCAGUGUUGUAACAAUACGGAAGGCCGACAUGCUGGCUCGACACAGCAUUUGAGGCAACUUGUGCUGCGCAACAGAAACAGCGCCCUUGAAGUUGUUCGGAGUCUCACAACGCUGGCCUGAGAAAGUGAGUAGCACGAAGUAGAGAUGAAUCUGACUCUGUAAAACGCAAGACCAGCGAAUUAAAUAAGGGACCUAAAAACUAGCUUCAUCGCCAUUAUUUCGUGUACAGCGCAGUGCACUGUUCAUCUCGUAAAACACUCGUAAUCGCGCUGACUCGAUAACGUUAUAACAUUCAGGGACAUUGCUAGCGCAUCUCCUGUGGUACAAGACGGACGUCGUCGCAUGUCCAAGACCAUAUCUACGUCACUGUUAGGCUCGCACAGAAGCUAUCUACCAACGUGAUGUCUCUUCUCGUUUUGUUUAUCCUUCCUUAUUGCGAAAGUGGCCCAUUUUUGUCAUUAUUGUCAUGCGACAAAAGAUUGUUAUCUAGCAAGCGCUUCUAAUUGUUCAUUUCUUUCAGUACUCGAAAUGUAAAUUCAUGCACUUGUUAAUGACUUCUGGUCAUAAUUGCUUUUUUUUAUUUAUUUGCGAAUAUUUAAGUUAUUAGAACAUAGAGCAGCCUGCAGCAAACUAAAAUUUCGAAGGCGGCAUUUCACGAACAAACCGUGAAGUUCGUUUCACACUACGAAGAAAGAAAACAAAAAAAAUAUAGGGUAAAGUAUUGCUAAAAAGUUUUCCGCUAUACAUAUCUACACAGAGCAGACUGUUUUGCUGUUUAUUCGGCGUAUCCAUGGUUGAGGUCUCUGCAUUCGCUCUGUGAACCUUCCAAUUGUAUCUUGGCUUUGAUGAUAAAGUCGGUGGCAGUUACCGCUGGCCCUUACGCAGUUUGUGUCUCGUCUAAAUUAUUCUUUCCUCGUCGUCUCGCGACUCAACCGUCCUUUCCUCCUGCCCCCUCCAUUCCGUUGUUAUUUCAGCUGCGCGACCUACGCGCUGAGAGCGGUUCCCGGGCGCGGAAAAUGUAUGCAUGGGCUGUUUGCGAGCGCAGCUGACUGAGCACAAAAUGCUGGCGUCGCCAUGACAAUGUUUGAAUGUAGGUCCGAAAUAACGUCGCCAGCGGCAACGAUGCGCGACUUUUGCGCAUGCCAGCAGGUGCUGCACGCGUAGCGCUUUUAGCCAAGCUUCUCAUUGGAUAACUUCAAACCCUGAUGCCAUUCGUUGAGUCUGCUUUAUGAUUAUCUGCGUGCGUGCUCGGUGAAUGGGUGUUUAUUUAUCGAACGUUAAUAUACGGUUUGUAUAUACUACGCGUGUACCCCCUCUCUGGACCUCUGUUUUUUUUUCUGUUUUUUUUUUUAUUUCGUAUAUCAAGCGUGUCAAAUAAAGAUUGCACUGUGAUAUUUAUGUCCAA